ACCCUCAUCUGAAAGAUGGCACCAACCAAGAAAACAUCCAGCGAUCUCUGGAUAAAACCAUGGAGGUGGAGCCCAAGCAGGACAGCAGCCUGCAGCAAAGCAAAACCGCCUCCCCCUUCGGCGACCUGUAUCAAAUGAUCAAACAGUCCCUGGAUGUGAAGACCCCUCGGAAAUCUUCUGCCAGUGUCCUUCAAACCCCCACCUCCAGGUUUUGCACUCCAAGACCUGUUUCUGUCAGGAAAAAUGAGGGCAAGGCUGUCAUUUCAACAGAAGACAAGAGCACUCCCCAGAAGGAAGAAGCUAAAGUCUCUGCUGUAGCUGAGGAAACCAAGAAGGCUGAAAAUGUUGGUAACACCACCCCAAAGUCUGCUAAGAAGCAGAGAAGGUCCCUCCAGACUCCUUCUACCGAGAUGGCCGCACCUGAAAAUGCUGCCCAGUCUGAAGAGACUACUCUCCAGAAGAGAGUCCGUACACCCCCCCAGAGGUUUACAUGUGAGGAGUCGCCUGUGAGACGAAGAAGUAAGGAGGCAACACCUGCUGUUACUAAGGAACAAGAAGAGACCUCUCCCAUAACAGAGAAAGUGAAAGAGAAGUCCAAAAAACGCAAAAGUGGAGAAGUCGUGUCCGACACGCCCGGACCAGAUAUGAAGAGGAAGCGUGUUUCCUUCGGCGGCACACUGUGUCCUGAAUUAUUCGACAAGCGUCUUCCUCCUGAUUCUCCAUUGCGCAAAGGUGCAACACCGCGUGUGUCCAAAACCAAAAAUUCCCUCCUGAGACGAGCAUCCGCCAGUGGCUUGUUAGAGUUUGAAGACGAAGAAAGUCCUGAAAAAAAGAAGACUCCUGCAAAGAAAUCACCCAAAUCCAGGACCCCCUCUCCCAAGGCUGCAAGGGGAAGGUCUUCCUCUGUCGGUGGAUCUCCAGCAGUCCUGACUCAGAGUGUCCAAGGGCGUUUCUCUGUGUCACGCAUCAUCACACCAUCUCCUGGAGCAGAAGAUGUUGUUCCUGUUACUCCUAAAGUAACCCGGAGGAGGAGCACCUCACGGGAGACUCCAAGUGGCGCAACAUUAAUGCGCAGAAGAAGUGGCAUUUCACGGGCAUCUAUGAAAGUCAACAAUUCCUGGGCAGACAUUGUGAGAUUUGGGCCAACUAAGCAUCAAGUCUUUGCUCCAGUUAUACAUAUGGUUACCAAAAAGACAACAAAGGCGGCUGUGCCCAAACCACAG